UUGUGAUAAACGAAUGGAACCAAAUGGUAGCAGAUGGAGACGAUUCGUCAUGAAAAAUAAUAAACGAUCCAUUUGGAGUCAUAAUAUUGGGUUAAGUAAACAACAAGUAUCUGAUAGCGAUACCCCUGCAGAUUUUAGACAAACGGCGAAGACACAAAGCAUAAAAGAAAAACAACCUAAACAAGACCAACAAGUCGAGGAUGUGGCAAGAACUGGACCUCGUUUACAUUCGACGAGCACAGCCAAACGCUUAGUCGUUUUUGGAAUGGCAACGUCUACAGCCAGUGAUGGGUUGAGAGCUAUACCCAUGAAAAUAUGGAUGUACCAAGACAACGACCCUAAGCAUUCAUCUCGACUAUGCCGCAAUUAUUUGGACCAGCAGCAAAAACUUGGUGAACUGAAAAUCUUGACGUGGCCUUUCCAGUCUCCAGAUUUGUCACCAAUCGAGUAUUUGUGUGAUGAAUUGGACAGGCAGGUGAAGCAACAAGAGUCUACUAGUGCUGCAGACUUGUGGGCUAAUCUGCAGGAAGCCUACCCCAAUUUAAAUCAUGAACUAGACGAUAUCGAUACCGUUGACAAUACAAACACUGCCAAAGAUACAAUCAACGAAACAGGACAAACUGACUACCAAAAACAUCCUUUUGUUAUUGACAAAACUAAUACUAACGAAGACGAAAUUGAAAAGGAUGCUGAAACCCGGCACUCUAAUAAUCAACACCCGGUUGUUACAAUUCCUAUAUCAGACCAACCAUUGCCCAAAAUCAGAUCACAGCAAGCCCCAGUGUGCAGCAUCACAAAGGGCACAUAUAUGCAUGAAAAGUAA